GACUCCUGGACUUCUUGGCCACCCCUCCCUCCCUCACUCUCCCUCGUAUUCCCUUCAUCAAUACCUGAGCGAACAUGUUCUGGAAACUUUGAUUUCGCCACGCGCUGCUCGUAACUUCUAACUUGGGAAUCUCUUUCAUGUUUGACUUAUGAUUAAUACUUAGACCAAACAAGGAAAAAAAUAAAAACAACACUGGGAAGAAAAAAAAAAACUAGACGGACCUGUUUCUCCAGUCUAGCACAACAAGGGAGCCAUUGCCAAGCAAAGGGAGUUCGCGGAAAACGUUUUGUUUCAAUUACCGAGAAGCAAGUGUAACCUAUUGAAGAGGACUAGCAUUUAACAAGUAACCGGUGACCUUAACCUUUCUCAAUGGAGCUUAACUCACGGCUGGGCUCAGUAGAUUCAUUAGACCCCAAUGAUGAAGAUAUGCCAUAUAGUGAUGAUGAAACGGAGGAUGAAUUGGAGAGUCCACUGCCAAGAACUGAUGAUGAGCAAAACCGCGUUAAUCAGGAGACUGAAGACAAUCGGGUUCCUAGUAAAAAAGAUGGAAAUUGGAAAGUAAAGGCUAAUGACAGAAAUUUUCUUGAACUGCCAGAAUUUAAGAAAAAACACCUCUUCUGUUUUAAGAAGAGCAAAUAUGCGGGGAACGCAAUUAAAACAUACAAAUACAAUGCUUUGACUUUCUUGCCAUUGAAUCUUCUCGAACAGUUUAAGAGAGCAGCAAAUGCCUAUUUUCUUGCCUUGUUAAUUCUGCAGGUUAUUCCUCAAAUUUCAACAUUACCUUGGUAUACAACAUUGGUACCUCUUAUCCUAGUUUUGGGUAUCACUGCUGCCAAAGAUCUUGUUGAUGACAUUGCUCGUCACAAGAUGGACAAUGAAAUCAACAACAGAAAAUGUGACGUUAUCCAAAAUGAAAAGUUCACAGAAUCUAAAUGGAUGAACAUUAAAGUUGGAGAUGUAGUCCGACUGAAGAAAAAUGAUUUUAUUCCUGCUGAUUUGCUUUUACUGUCAAGUACGGAACCAAAUAGCCUGUGUUAUGUUGAAACAGCAGAAUUGGAUGGGGAAACAAACUUAAAAUUUAAGAUGGCACUGAAAGUCACAGAUGAACAUCUUCAACAGGAGAGUCAGCUGGCCAAAUUUGAUGCUAUGGUUGAAUGCGAAGAGCCAAAUAAUAGAUUAGACAAGUUCACCGGUACAAUGAUGUGGAGGAAUCAGAGUUUUCCAGUGGACAUGAAUAAUAUUUUACUUCGUGGCUGCAAAAUUCGCAAUACAGAUAUUUGUCAUGGGCUUGUCGUUUAUGCAGGUGCAGAUACGAAAAUUAUGAGGAAUGGUGGUAAAACCAGGUUCAAAAGAACCAACAUUGACUACCUGAUGAAUUACAUGGUUUACACUAUUUUUGGUCUUCUUAUUCUUAUAUCUGCUGGUCUGGCCAUUGGCAAUGCUUUCUGGCAAGAGCAAAUUGGUACAAAUGCUUGGUAUCUGAAUUAUGGAAAUAAUUACACUCCCUCUUACCAAGGCUUCCUAACCUUUUGGGGCUAUAUAAUUAUUCUCAACACAAUGGUACCUAUCUCUCUAUAUGUCAGUGUUGAAGUAAUCCGCCUGGGACAGAGUCAUUUCAUUAACUGGGAUUUGCAAAUGUACUAUGCCGAAAAGGACACUCCAGCAAAGGCUAGGACAACUACCUUGAAUGAACAGCUGGGACAGAUUGAAUACAUAUUUUCAGACAAGACUGGCACCCUCACUCAGAAUAUAAUGGCAUUCAAAAAGUGCCAUAUCAAUGGCAAAACAUAUGGUGGACAUUGCAGAGAGGACGGAGCCACAGUUGACAGAAUUCAUCCUGUUGAUUUCAGUUGGAACAGAUAUUCAGAUGGAAAUUUCAAGUUUUAUGACCAUUGUCUGCAUCAGUCAAUUAAAUACGGAAGAGAACCAGAGAUAUGGGAGUUUUUCAAACUACUAGCUUUGUGUCACACUGUGAUGGUAGAGCAGAAUGAAGAGGAGCUUGUUUAUCAGGCUGCUUCACCAGAUGAAGGAGCGUUAGUCUCGGCAGCAAGAAACUUUGGUUUUGUCUUCCUGGCACGAACACAAGACACAAUCACAAUUAGCGAGAUGGGAAGUGUAAACACUUAUGAAGUUUUGGCAAUGCUGGAUUUUAACAGUGACAGGAAGAGAAUGUCGGUAAUUUUAAGAUUUCCUAAUGGUAAAAUUAGACUUUACUGUAAAGGAGCAGAUACUGUAAUCUAUGAACGUUUGCAUCCUGAUGCAAGAAAUAUAAAAGACACCCAGGAGGCACUUGACGUUUUUGCUAAUGAGACCCUCCGAACACUCUGCCUCUGUUACAAAGACAUUGGAGAAGAAGAAUAUGAGAUAUGGGACCAUAAGCACAAAGCAGCCAGUAUUUCCAUGGCUGACCGUGAAGCAGCACUUGAUAAAGUCUACGAAGAAAUUGAAAAAAACCUAUUUCUUAUUGGAGCAACUGCUAUUGAAGAUAAGCUCCAGGAUGGAGUUCCUGAAACAAUUGCUAAGUUGGCAAGGGCAGAAAUAAAAAUCUGGGUUUUAACUGGAGAUAAAAAAGAAACUGCAGAAAAUAUUGGUUAUUCCUGCCAACUUCUGGGUGAUGAUACUGAAAUCCAUUAUGGAGAUAAAGUCAAAGAGCUUCUAAACAUUAGACAAGAAAACAGAAGAAACAUGGAAGUGGUCACCACAGGAAAUCAAAAGAGAUAUGAUCCUUUUUUUCCAGAAAAUAAAAAAAAUGCUUUAAUUAUUACUGGGUCUUGGUUGAAUGACAUUCUUCAUGAGAAAAAGAAAAAGAAGAAGAAAUUGAGGUUGAGACGACCAAAGUCUAAAGAAGAGGAAUUUAGUCAACAAGAAGUCAAGCACAAGGAAGAUUUGUUAAAAGAGCAGUUGCAGUCUGAUUUUGUAGACAUGGCCUGCGAGUGUAGUGCUGUUAUCUGUUGCAGAGUUACACCUAAACAGAAAGCAAUGGUGGUGAAUCUUGUUAAAAAGUACAAAAAAGCUGUUACACUUGCAAUUGGUGAUGGAGCCAAUGAUGUAAACAUGAUAAAAACUGCUGACAUUGGAGUUGGAAUUAGUGGACAAGAGGGUAUGCAGGCAGUCAUGUCCAGUGAUUAUGCCUUUGCCCAGUUCCGCUUUUUGGAAAGACUGCUCUUGGUUCAUGGAAGGUGGUCUUAUAUUCGGAUGUGCAAGUUUCUUCGAUAUUUCUUCUACAAGAACUUUGCCUUCACUUUGGUUCACUUUUGGUAUUCAUUUUUCAGUGGGUUUUCUGCACAGACUGCCUAUGAGAAUUGGUUUAUCACCUUAUACAAUGUUUUGUACAGCAGCCUUCCAGUUCUUCUUGUUGGUUUACUUGAUCAGGAUGUGAAUGACAAACUAAGUCUCAGGUUUCCAAGAUUAUAUUUGCCUGGACAAAAGGGACUGCUUUUUAAUUACACAAAUUUUUUUAUCAGCCUUUUCCAUGGGAUUUUUACUUCCUUAAUAAUUUUCUUUAUCCCUUAUGGGGCCUUCCUUCAAACAAUGGGCCAAGACGGCGAGGCUCCAUCUGACUAUCAGUCAUUUGCUGUGACCACUGCCUCUGCUCUCAUCAUUACAGUUAACCUCCAGAUUUCUUUGGACACAUCAUACUGGACUUUUAUCAAUGCAUUCUCAGUCUUUGGUAGCAUUGCUGUUUAUUUUGGAAUAAUGUUUGACAUACACAGCGCAGGGAUUCAUGUCCUGUUUCCUGCAGCAUUUACAUUUACAGGAGUUGCUCCAAAUGCACUGAGACAGCCAUACCUUUGGUUAACAAUAAUACUGACAACUGGAAUAUGUCUGAUGCCGGUCAUUGCUCUUAAGUUUCUUUACAAGAUAAUAAAACCUUCAGAAGGAGAUAAAGUGCUAAAGAAUCGUAAGAAGUAUGAGAAAGAAGAAGCUCUUACAAGAAGACCAGUUAGUCUGAGGAGAGGAGGAACAGCCCGUAGGUCUGCAUAUGCAUUUUCUCACGGUAAAGGCUAUGCAGACCUCAUUAUUUCUGGACAGAGUAUACGUAGGAAACCACACGCACCAAGGCCAGCAGUUAUCAGAGGUGGAGAAUCCUCACUCGCCACCCAAACAAGCUGAACUUUUUUAAGAUUUUUGCAAAUACUGACUUUUUAACCUUUGCACAGUGAACAUAUUUAAAUAUAUAUAUUUUUUUAUAGAAGGACUGUUCUUUUUCUCAGGACUUUUUAGAAUAAAGAUUUUCCCCUUACAAUUUGUAUUCUGAUAAACUGUUGAGUUCUCAGACUUCUGACAUUUUUAUUUCUGUGGUGUAAAUUAUUUUGCAUGUUUUUACUUGUUCACCUAAAGAUUUGGUGCUGAGGAUAUUAUGGUUCAAUGAUACUGCAUCACUUGUUAAGUUUUUUUUUUGUUACUAAAAAUUUUGGAAGCUGUGAUGAAACCAAUCUCUUUUCCUUCGGAGUAUGUUUUUGAAAGUUAUACUAGCAAAGCAUACUACCUACUUGUAGUAAAAAUAAAAAAGGGAACAGCAAAAGUGAGAUGUACAUUUUUACUAAGUAGUUGACGAUUCAUGUCUGUGUUUGAAUGUGCCACAAAAACAUUUUUUCCCACCUUUCAAGACCCAAAUUAUACAUCUUGUGUACUCUGUAAUGUGUACACAAUCAGAUUCAGUUUGCAAAUCUGGACAUUUAUUUAUUUGAAUACAUAGCAGAACUUUAGUUAAGACCAGUGUUCACUUUAAAGCCAAACAUUCUCACCACCUCCUUCAUAACUUUUAUGCAUAUUAGUACAGACAAGUUGAAAUAUCAGAAUUUGAUACUUAUUAAACACUUUCAGGUGAGUAAAUGCUUUAUUUUUCAAGACAUUUUGAUAAACACUAUCAUCACAUGUUUUAUUUGUGUGAAAUGUAUUGUUUUUAAUAUUUUGGAUUCUGUAUUGAAUCAGUAGACAAUGUUGGUUGCAUAUUUACCUUCUACUACAAGAACUCCCCCUUCCAACCAACCCCCUUGGUUUAUAUACAUGUUACAGUCAUUUACAGAUGAAAUAAAAUGAAAAAGGAAAGCUGAAUAAUGUUUUAUUUACAAACUGCCAUUUAUUUUGUGGAAUUAGAGAUGCAAAUGAUUCCUCAUACACUGUACAUUGUAUGGAGUCCAUUUUAAAAUGUUUUUAAUUUUGAAGAUGAAAUAAACAAUAUGAAAAUCCUG